CAUUUAAUAACGACUGCGAUAGUGCGAGAUACGGUUUGCGGUCUUGUUGUGGUUUUUUCCUUCAAUCAAUAUUGUUAUAAUAAUAAUUUAUAAUAUUAAUACGUAUUUCGUUCUCAUUCAAUAAUAUUUUACGCGACGACUUGUUGCUGCUGUUCGAUCUAUGCCGCUGCGAACACCUGACGUAUAGCGAAUGACGUCUGGCGCGUCGCCGCUUCCCAUUGUUUGCCCAUCACACAGUGUGUAAACGUGCUUUUUGUGUUUUUACAUAAGUAUUAUUGUACAGAUUCUAUCAUUGUGUUGUAACGCACAAAGGACGACGAUAUGGCCUUAUUUCCGAUGCUGUCGUCUGUGGCCGGCUUCAUUAAGGUGCGUUACGUGGUGGACAAGGCCAACAUCGACAACGCCGUGUUCAGAGCGCACUACAGGCUCACCACGGCGAUACUCUUUGGAUGUUGUAUACUGGUCACGGCUAACAAUCUAAUCGGUGAUCCUAUAGCCUGUAUAACUGAUGGUGGCAUCCCAGAACAUGUUAUCAACACGUUUUGUUGGAUUACUCAUACGUUUACAUUGCCGGAUAAACAUGUUGGUGUUGGCAAACAUGUUGCUCACCCUGGUGUAUCUAAUUAUGCUGAGGGCACCGAUCAAAUACGAUACCAUGCAUAUUACCAAUGGGUGCCAUUCAUGCUAUUCUUCCAAGGCGCUUUAUUCUAUAUACCCCAUUGGAUAUGGAAAAAUUGGGAAGAAGGCAAAGUUCGUAUGAUCACUGACGGUGUACGUGGUGCUUCUAUUGGACAAAACGAAGACAGACAAAGUCGUCAAAAACAAUUAGUUCAAUAUCUAAUUGAAACUUUACAUAUGCACAAUGUUUAUGCGUCUGGAUAUUUCUUAUGCGAAAUAUUCAAUUUUUUGAAUGUGGUUGGAAACAUGUUCCUAAUUGACAGUUUUUUGGGAGGUGAAUUUUUCACAUAUGGUAUUAAAGUGUUAGAACUCAGUCAAGAGGAUCAAGAAAACAGAAUUGAUCCCAUGGUAUCUGUUUUCCCAAGAGUAACCAAAUGCACAUUUCACAAGUUUGGUCCAUCUGGAUCAUUGCAGACACAUGAUGCACUUUGUGUAUUGGCAUUGAAUAUCUUGAAUGAAAAAAUCUACAUAUUUUUGUGGUUUUGGUUCAUUAUAUUGGCAGUCAUAUCUGGAAUGGCGUUGGCCUACAGUAUUGCUGUUAUAACAUUGCCUUCAAUUAGAGAAACAAUUUUACUACGCCGUUUUAAAUUUGGUACACCACAAUCAGUUUCAGCACUUAUCAGGAAAACACAGGUUGGAGAUUUCUUAUUAUUACAUCUUUUGGGCCAAAAUAUGAAUAUGGCAGAGUUUAACGAAGUAUUAGAUGAUCUCAGCUCACGAUUACAUCUGGGAAACAAUUUACCAACUGCUCCUUCGACCCUAGAAUUAUCACCAAUGUAUCCUUCGGAUAAAUUGAGACUUCACAAAGAAACUGAGGCUUAGACUUGAUGAACAACAAGAAUCGAUCAAUGUCUGUAUUUUUUUUUAUCUAAUAAGAAAAACAUUUGGAGUUGAAAAUUUUUAAUCUCAAACUGUGUUCAAUACUUAGAAAAACAUUCCAUUUGCAUAACCUUUGAACCUUAAGUUAUUUAUCUGUUAUUCAAAUUUUGUACUAGUAAUCAAUAAUUAGUUCUAAGACAAAAUUUUUCAACGGCAUAUUUUAUUUUAAUACAUUUUUAUAUAUUUUCCAUGUUAAACAAUUGGUAACCAAACUAUUCCUACAUAUAAAUAAAUAUAUCGUAUUCUUUUAUAUUUAAAUGAUUGACUAGCAGUCAUUAUGAUGCAUCUUGGCGCUAAUUAGUAUAAACAAUAACUUUAGUUGUAUUUAAUAAGUUAUUUUGAUUUUCAAUUAGAGGUUAACUUCUAUUAAAAUUGUAAUUAAUUGUGAUAAGAUAUUGUGAACUGUAAAUUUUAAAAUUAAUUUAGUUGAUUUAUUUUAACAAAAUAUUGUAUAAAAAGUCUCCUAAUAUCGGUAUUGAUGAUUUGGUUUUAAUUAUUAAAUUUAAACGACUAAUUAUGUAUUAAAUAAUGAUUUUAAAUAAAACAUGAAUGAACUCGAAAAUUAUACAUUUUAUAUAAGCUAUGAAUUAUUUAAUGAUUAUACACAUUAAACAAUUUUAUUUAUAUGUUAUAUUACACUUACUAAGAAUUAAAUAUCUAUUAUUAUUUUAA